AUCAGGUUAGAGUCUACUUUGACAGAAAAUCUUAGGAGAUCAUUGCAGUCGUGCAAAGCUAGUGAGAACGAGGAAAAGCUCGAAGGACUUGCUGUGUUUUUUAGAAAAAACACUGUAAAAACUCGAAUUUUGGAAGGUUUGUUGUACAUUCUUAGACAGCUUUUGGCAUCGUAUGAUGGAUCUAAAGCAUUUGGAUAUCUCCCGUAUAAUGACGCCUAUGGUAUAUUUUGUGGUUUCAUGGAAAGAGAAGUAGAGGAUAAGGAAUUUCGAAAUCACCUUUUGCAUGAGGAAUAUGGACUGUGUGUUUAUGUGAUAAAAGUGCUUGAUAAUCGCUACAUUAUUCUGCAAAAUGAUACUGUAGCUAUAGACAAGUUUCUCUUGGAACUUGACCAACUUCUGUCAAAAGAUAAGGCGGAUAACUUUUCAAGAUUUGAUUUGAAUGUGGAGUCAUUAAAGAGAGUAUUACAGUCUAUGGAUACAGAAUCUGACAAAUCUGUUUUGAAAGCCAUGAUUUUUGCUACAGCUUCAAGGAAGAAGGUUCAAGAACUAGGCAUUAAGCCAGACAAUGCUGUUAAGUUGCUCAAUAAAGUUUUGACUGCAUCAACUGAAUGUGAAAGAGCUAAUGAAGCAGCAGAGGACAUUCUAAAACUACGAGAUGGAGAGAAAUUAAAAGUAAUUGAUGAAAAGAUAACAGCUAUUGACAAAAUCCUAAGCAGAAGAGAAAGCUUGAUUUCUGAAAGAAAAAAAGCAGAUCUCAUUGCAGAAAAGUCAAGCCUUGAAGACAGAAAAGAAGGCAUACAGAAAGACCUGCAACAAAGUGACCCUCAGAGUCUUAGAAGACUGCAACAAAGGAAGCGAAGAUUAGCUAAAACACUUAUCGAUGAGAACAGAGUGAAAAGACGAAAACUCGGUGCAGGGGCAAAGAAGUCAUUGGAUACUGAAGAUGAAGAAUUCAUAGCACGUUCUAUAGAAGAAACAAGCACAGCACAUGGUAGACGUCAUGAUACUGUACUUUACAGCCAUCAUCGCGUUAAGAAGUGCUACUUUUUGUCAUUAGCUAACUAUAACUUACACAGGAAGUGGUAAAAAGCUGAUCAAAUCGGCUACAACUGUACUUAACAGAAGUAGACCAAAAAAUAUAAAUUCCAGGGCAGCAAAGGCACAUUGUGGGAAGUCUCUAUUUUGUUCCAAAAAGCCCCCUAAGACUGAAACUGAACUAGGUCUAGCAACCCAUCAUCAAAGGGCACAUAUUCGCAAUUGUAAGCUUGACAUGUUCAAAGAAGAGAAUAGGGCUAGAAGUCUAAUGAUCAGUUUUGAUGACAAAGCAUACAUCAGGCCUGGAAGUGAUGUGGGAGCCAGGAAUGUCAAAAAGGGAGUAAUAUAUGAUGUUUCCGACCCUUCAAAACAAAAAGCGCUUCCCCAACAUGAUUUUACAGAGGCAAAAGUACAUCAAACACCAUCUUCUUUUAGGUUUAUAAGAGGCAAAGUUGCAACCAUUGACGGAGAGCAAAAGUUUAUUCACGAAGACGAUCAAACAAUUGUAACUGUGCGUCCUAAGAGCUACAUUGGUAGCUCAGGAAGUGUAUGGGCCUCUGAUCAACUUAAGAUUAAAUGGGAAGUUCCUCAGGUUUUUGAACAAUCUACAAUAUCACCACCAAAGUUCUCAUUGCCUGUGAGGAAAUUUUGUCAUCGUGUUCAUGAUAUAUUAUUUUAUUUCAAAGAUUGCACACUCAGAAGUGACGUCAUGUGUGUAACAAGUAACAUCAAUUGUCAGUUUAAAGAAUAUGAAAUGAAAAAGCUGAAGUGGUUGAAAAACCAGCUGUCUGAAGCAGUCAGUAUUUUCCAUGAAGAGAAAGAAACACUCACCCACCAUGAAGUUGCCAGUGGAACUGAGCUCAUAGGCAUUAUCAACGACAUCCAGGAAGUGAAUGAUGACAUCGAUAAGACCAGCUCAACAUCAAGUGCAAAUACUAUCUGGGAACAUCAAGAAAAGGCUGUUAACCUUUGUGAUGCUGCGAUUGCAUUCAUCAACAGUCUCAAGUUGCCACCACUCUGUGACCAUAUUUUGCAAGCAACAGAUGCAGGUCCAGGGGUUGGGGUCACUAACAUCGAGGUUAAGUACAGAGACAUUGAGAUGUCAAGGAUUAAUAGCUGGACUCACAUGAACAGGAUUCACAGGGCACCACACGAUUCAGGACAAAACGAAGCGGAGCGUUCUAACGCUGCUAUAGGUGAAGCUUUGGUUGAUGGCAGAGCAUUACACUGGGAAUACUUUCAACCAACCGAUCUCAUUAGUGAAGAAGAACUGAAAACACUCACAGUUGAAGAAAUGAAAGAGCUAGAGGCAGAAGUAGUGGAGCGUAAUGCAUGGAGAGUUGCCCAGGAUGUUGUGUCAAGAAUCGAUGGCGAGCCUGGACCAGCUGGUGACUGUAUGAAGGCCUUUGUUACCAAUCGUAAAGAACAGCAGUUCUUUUUCAAUACCGAAUACAUUCAGCAAUACAAUGCUGCAAAGUCGGAGACGAGAAAAGUAAAAGUCCCAGGACACAACUAUUUCAAAAAAUUAGAUGACCUCAUAGAAUCCUGUAUGACUACUGGAGAAAUGUUUCACGAGUACUGUGAAAAUGAGUCAGUGGAUCCCACCCCUCGUCCAGUUCCAGACAUCAACAAACUUCCAAAGUAUCACUAUCUGCCUGUUGCAGAAAUACCCAUCACAAAUACAGACGACGGUAAAAGAAGAGAAGUGGAUGAUUAUCACCCUAGAGCACGUUUAAAGCAAGCCCACAAAAAGAAUGAAAUCAAUAUCGAGGAUAGUGCAAGUGUUCAGACCUUUAGCAACAGAUACAUUGUUGAAGAAAGUCUUGUGAGAAAAUACCUAGCACAUUUAAAUCAUUUAGAGAUGAUGAGUGGGAAGAGAAAAAUGGAAAAGAAAAACAAGAAUUUGAAAGAGAACACAAUGUCUUAUGAGGAAUUUGACUGGAUGGAAAUGCUGAUUAGUGGAACACUAGCGAAACAGCGUGUAUGUGUUCUGGACAAAUAUAUCGAUAAACAUAAUUUGCUAGCAGUAAAGGGUAAAAACAAGCCACAGAAAGUCAAUGCUAUUAUGGAUCACUUACGGUCAUUUGCUGAGAGCACACAAACAAACAAACAAUGCUCCCUCAGUGUGGAAGAGGUGGAUGAUCAUGAUGAAUGUGAGGUAGAU